AUGCUACUGCCCUGUUAUCACCCCGCCUUCCCUCCUUUCCCUCCCUUUCUUCCCUCCACUCCCUCUUCUCAUCCCCUCUCCCAACAACCCUCACUCAUCUGUCGCACAACCCUCUUCCGGUCCCUGCUUGUCCCCAUGCCCCUCCCCACGUGGCUUCCCUCCCCCCACACUCCACCAUGCCCGCUGACCUCCGUGAGCCCGCGACUGCACCCCCUGCGUCCAACCCUCUCCUGCCUUCGCUGGCAGUCAAGGUGUUUUGCACGUGCUGGCAGCGUGGGGGCAGCUUGGGGGCGGCUGGCAGGCGUGGUCGGCCAGCAGCGACUGCUCCACCAUGCAGGGCGUCACAUGCGACACUCGCAGGCAACGUCGUCUCCCUGGUACGUGAUGCAUGUGAGUGCUGCUCCAGCGCAUGUGAAUGCUGCUCCAGCGCAUGUGAAUGCUGCUCCAGUGCAUGUGAGUGCUGCUCCAGCGCAUGUGAGUGCUGCUCCAGCGCAUGUGAGUGCUGCUCCAGCGCAUGUGAGUGCUGCUCCAGCGCAUGUGAAUGCUGCUCCAGCGCAUGUGAAUGCUGCUCCAGCGCAUGUGAGUGCUGCUCCAGCGCAUGUGAAUGCUGCUCCAGCGCAUGUGAAUGCUGCUCCAGCGCAUUACUCUCGCGGCCCGCUUGCCAGGGGCGUGCCAGCAACGUGUGCAGGUACUGGCUAUGCCCCGGGGGUGCGUUCGGGUGGGCGGCGCUACCGAGAUCCUUCCACGUCUCCCCUCCCUCUCCCUCUCCUAAUCGUUCAUUUUCCUUGCCCCAACCUUAUACGUCUGUCGGUGCUGACGCCCCCGGGGGACACGCCGCUAGCAGUGGAGUUGAAGCAGUUGGUGGGCAUGAUCAGCCUGAUGGCCGUGGUGAUGGGGCUCCUGUUCUUCGCCAUCGCGCUGCUGCUGGGCGACCCCUUCCUGCACACCGUGGUGUUGGGCAUUGGCGUCAUUGUUGCCAAUGUGCCUCAAGGACUCAUGGCUGCUGUCACGGUGUCCCUGGCGCUAGCAGCGAAGCGCAUGCAUGUGCGCAGUGUGCUGGUGAAGAACCUGCAGGCCGUGGAGACCCUUGGCUCAUGCACCGUCAUUGCCUCUGAUAAGACCGCCACCCUCACUCAAAACCGCAUGACCGUCCAGCACUGCUGGUACGACCUGCGGGUGUUUGAUUGUCCGGUGGUGCGCAACCGGGUGGAGUGGGAGGAGGUGAUGCGAGGGCCAGCAGCAGCGACAGCGUACGAGGCGCAGUCACCCACGUUCCAGAAGCUGCAGCUCAUCAUCUCGCUCUGCAGCAACGCCGUCUUCCUCACAGAGGGGCUGGUGAUGGGCAUAGAGAUGCGGCGGCGCGAGUUCAACCUGCACGCGGCGCCGUGUGCAGGGGACGCGUCGGAGCAGGGGCUGCUCAAGUUGGUGGAGGCGCUGCGGCCCGCCAAGGAGCUGAGGGACCUGUACGCCAAGCUGCUCGAGAUCAACUUCUCCUCCGCCUCCAUGUGGCAGCUCUCCAUCCACAUGUAUGGCGCUGGGGGGGGGGAGGGGGAGGGGGAGGGGGAGGGGGAGGGGGAGGGGGAGGGGGAGGGGGAGGGGGAGGGGGAGGGGGAGGGGGAGGGGGAGGGGGAGGGGGAGGGGGAAUGUGGGGGGGAGGGGGGGAAGGAGGUUGGGGACGAGAGCGGGAAAGCCGUAGGCGGGGAAAGAGGUGGGACGGCAGAGACGGUCCAGUCAGCGCAGAACCGGUUACCGCCGGUGCUGGUGAUGAAGGGCGCACCAGAGACGGUGCUGGAGCGAUGUGCAUACAUCCUGGUGAACGGGCAGGUGUACGACCUCACCAGUGACAGCCGCAAGCACUUCCAGGAGGCGUACCAGCAGAUGGGCGGCUUCGGGGAGCGCGUGCUCGGCAUGGCCUUCAGGGACCUCGAAGGGUUUCACCAACGAUUCACGCACAAGCCGCAGCCCAACUUCCCCAUGGGCGGGCUGACGUUCGUGGGCAUGGUGAGCCUCAUGGACCCGCCACGCCCGGGCGUGCCCGAGGCCGUGGCACAGUGCCGGCGCGCCGCUGUGAAGGUCAUCAUGGUGGGCAUAUUGGAGAGCAGCAAGGUGGAGGCGGGCAGUGCGGCGGUGGUGACGGGCGAUGACAUCAGGGCGUGUGAUCCUCAACCCCAGGGAGGAGAUUCUCUUUCCCCCUUCUCUUCCGCCACGCCCUCCCUUUCCUUAACGCACUCACUGCGCUACCUGCAAGCACCCACUCUCAUUGCGCUCCCUUAUCCUGCUCCCCAAUCACUGCAACCAGCAUGUCUUUUCACGCUUUUCUCCACCUCCCUUGCUCUCCUCCCUGACCCCACUCCGCGCUGCUCUCCCAUUCCCCCUCCUCCCCCCCCGCUUUCCCCCUUUUCUCCCCUUUUCCCCCCUUUUCCCCCCCUUUCCCCCCUUUACCUCCUUCUUUCCCCCUUUCCCCCCAUUUCCCCCCUUUCCCCCCUUUCCCCCUUUUCCCCCCCUUUCCCCCCUUUUCCCGUUUCUCCCCCCUUCCCCCCUUGCUCCCUUUCCUCCCCCCUCUCCCCCCCCCCUCCCCCCCCUCGCACCAGCAAGGACGUGUCCAAGGAAGCGGCGGACAUGAUCCUGAUGGACGACAACUUUGCGUGCAUAGUGAGCGGCGUGGAGGAGGGGCGGCUCAUCUUUAACAACCUCAAGAAGACCAUCUGCUACGCGCUCACCGUCAACGUGCCGCAGCUCAUCCCCUACCUCGUCAACGUGCUGCUCGGCGUGCCCCUCGCGCUCUCCACCGUGCUCAUGCUCGCCAUCUGCCUCGGCACCGACAUGCUGCCUGCUAUCUCCCUGGCUUACGAGGAGAAGGAGUCGGACAUCAUGGACCGCCCGCCACGCAACCCCAGGCGGGACCGGCUGGUGAGCUGGCGGCUGAUCAGCCAUGCGUAUCUGCUCAUUGGCGCCGUGCAGACGCUUGCUGGCUUCCUUGCCUACCUCGCUGUCUUCAACGACUAUGGCUUCUGCCCCAAUAUGUUGCAGCGAAUUGGAUUUGACUUCGCGCGCAACCCCAUCAUCUGCACAUUCGACCGGGGCAACGAGCCCUACGACUGCGGGUAUGGCUGCGGCCCGCCCAACUACUCCCUCGCCAUGCCCGACACGUCCUCGCCGCCCGCGGCACAGCCCUAUUGCUACCAGGGCUGCCCCAUGCCCAACAGCAACGUGACGCCAGUGGUGGUGGAUCCGCUCAGUGAGAUGGGCGCGGCGGGGUUCAAGGGGCAGCAGUUCUGCGCGCUCACCUGCAACACAUCGGCUUCUGCCUUUCUGGGGGGUGUGCUGCCGUCGCAGUGCUCCAGCCCGUCGCUCUCCUCCAAUGUGGGGUUCCCAGGGCGACAGCAGCUGGGAAAGCCACUGGGGCCGUACAACGGGUGGUACUGGUGGGCGGGGCGGAAGCAGCUGCAGCCCAACACGCAGUACCAGGUGGAGGUGUUGCGCUAUGCCCAGUCCGCCUACUAUGUCGCUGUCAUCGUCACCCAGUGGGCCAACCUGCUCGUGUGCAAGACCCGCCGCCUCUCGCUCUUCCAGCAGGUCCGUGCUGCCAAUGCAGGUGCGGGCAUGCGCAACCACGUGCUAACCUUCUCGCUGUUCUUUGAGACGCUGGUGGCAGCAGCGCUCCUGUACUGGCCGUUCCUGCAGGAGGUGUUUGACACGCGGCCCCUCAAUGUGCUCUACUGGUUCAUCGGCGUGCCCUUUGCCCUCACCAUCCUCGCCAUUGGAGAGCUCCGCAAAUGGCUCAUUCGCAAGUUCCCAGGUCUGUAUUCUCGCUCUUCUCAUCCUUUCGCCCCUCUCAUCCUUUUCACCCCUCUCAUCCACCUGCCCCUCUCCUCCUCUCACCUCUCACCCUCUGCCUUUUCAGCUGUUCAAGAGGAUGGAUGGACAGAUGGACCAACUGGUAAUGCUACGCUCUGUCCGUCACAGACUCAAGUGUCCCAUCCCAGCCACCUCGCUCUUUAUGCCAUAUCUCAACCUACAGUAUUACCUCCCAGUCUGUGCUCCUCUUGA